AUAUUUAUUAGAAAUUAACUUCUAUACUUUCGUGUUUUCCUUUCGAAAGAAAAAAAAAAAAGUAUACUUCCUUAUUAAAAGUAAAAUAUUUUGAACCAAAUAAAAGCAUAGUCUUAGCUUAGUUUAUGCAAUAUAAAUAUACAUUUAGAGAAGCAUUAAAGGUACAUGCUUACCAUUCCCCUCAUCAUCUUCUCUUCUCUUAUUCUUGUGUUCCAUUAAGAUUGCUCAUUCGAUCGAGUGCUCAAGUGACAAACCAUAUUUGAUCUUGGAGGAUUUACCGAGUCACGUAUAGGCUUCGUGUGAAGGUUAAGUCAGUUUAGCAUCGGGAUUUGGGUUUAAGGAAAAUGGAAAUAUAUACGGGUCAGAGGCCAAGUGUGUUUAGAAUUUUUGGGAAAUACAUGAGAAAAGGGUUAUAUAGCAUCCUAACCCAAGGUCCCAUCCCUACUCAUAUUGCCUUCAUAAUGGAUGGAAACCGGAGGUUUGCUAAGAAGCAUAAAAUGAAAGAAGCAGAAGGUUAUAAGGCAGGAUAUUUAGCUCUUCUGAGAACACUAACUUAUUGCUAUGAGUUGGGAGUGAGGUAUGUAACCAUUUAUGCCUUUAGCAUUGAUAAUUUUCGAAGGCAACCUCGUGAGGUUCAGUGCGUAAUGAAUCUAAUGAUGGAGAAGAUUGAAGAGAUUAUCGUGGAAGAAAGUAUCAUGAAUGCAUAUGAUGUUGGCGUACGUAUUGUGGGUAACCUGAAUCUUUUAGAUGAGCCAAUCAGGAUCGCAGCAGAAAAGAUUAUGAGGGCUACUGCCAAUAAUUCCAGGUUCGUGCUUCUCAUUGCUGUAGCCUAUAGUUCAACUGAUGAGAUCGUGCAUGCUGUUGAAGAAUCCUCUAAAGACAAAUUGAACUCCAAUGAAGUUUGCAACAAUGGGAUUGAAGCUGAACAAGAAUUUAAGGAGGCAAACGGAACUGGAAACAGUGUGAUUCCAGUUCAGAAGACGGAGUCAUAUUCUGGAAUAAAUCUUGCAGACCUUGAGAAAAACACCUACGUAAAUCCUCAUCCUGAUGUCUUGAUUCGAACUUCUGGGUUGAGCCGUCUAAGUAACUACCUACUUUGGCAGACUAGUAAUUGCAUACUGUAUUCUCCUUUUGCACUGUGGCCAGAGAUUGGUCUCAGGCACUUGGUAUGGACAGUAAUGAACUUCCAACGUCAUCAUUCUUAUUUGGAGAAGCAUAAGGAAUAUUUAAAAUAAUUUAUUUUUGUUCCUAACUCAUCCUGCCUUAUUCGGGAUAGUUAAGCUUAAGCAUAUCCUUGUGGAAAUAAACUCGGAAACUCAAGCAUGGGAUUAAUUAUUGUUUUGUAGCAAUUUCCGAGAUGUUAAAUUUUUGUUAUGCUUUUGGUUUGUUUCAAUUCCGAGCUGUAAAUAAACUUUGCUUAAGCAUGCAGUCAAAAGGUGAAGCGUGUGCUAAUAAUAAAAGUUGAUGGUACUUUCCAAUCUUUUA